AUGGCCCGCGCCGCGACCCUCGCCGUCUUCCGCGUCCCGCGGCUGCCCCAGGCGGCGCUGCUGCUCCUGCUCCUGGUGGUCGCCGGCCGCCACGUGACAGGAGCGCCCGUGGUCUCCGAGUUGCGCUGCCAGUGCCUGCAGAGCGCGCAUGGCAUCCACCCCAAGAACAUCCGGAGCGUGAAGGUGACGUCCCCAGGACCCCACUGCGCCCAGACCGAAGUCAUAGCCACGCUCAAGAACGGGCAGGACGCCUGUCUCAACCCCACAGCCCCCAUGGUCAAGAAAAUCAUCCAGAGGAUGCUCAACACGGCACACCUUCCCGUGGUUUCUCUAAAAAAAAAGCAUUUGGGGGAUGAUUAUGAGCCCACGAUCACCUACCAGUUUCCCAAGUGGGAGAACCUGCUUUGGGGCCAGCAGGAGGAGGAGGAACGGCUGCUCAAAGCCAUCCUUUUGUUCUGCUUCCCAGAUGGGAACGCAUGGGCACCACUCACCGAGUAUCCUAGGGAGACCUUCUCCUUCAUUCUGACUAAUGUGAACGGGAGCAGAAAGAUUGGAUACUGCAGGCGCCUCUUGCCGGCUGGCCCUGGCCCUCGCCUUCCCAAAGUCUACUGCAUCAUCAGCUGCAUUGGCUGCUUCGGCUUGUUCUCCAAGAUCCUGGAUGAAGUGGAGAAGAGACACCAGAUCUCCAUGACUGUCAUCUACCCGUUCAUGCAGGGCCUGCGAGAGGCAGCCUUCCCUGCCCCUGGGAAGACCGUCACCCUCAAGAGUUUCAUUCCAGACUCAGGCACUGAGUUCAUUUCACUGACACGGCCCCUGGACUCCCACCUAGAACAUAUGGAUUUUAGUUCCCUGUUGCAGUGCCUCGGUUUUGAACAGAUACUUCAGAUCUUUGCCUCUGCGGUGCUGGAGAGAAAAAUCAUCUUCCUGGCAGAAGGUCUCAGCACCCUGUCUCAGUGCAUCCACGCUGCCGCCGCACUGCUCUACCCCUUCAGCUGGGCGCACAUCCCUGUUGUCCCCGAGAGCCUUCUGGCCACCGUCUACUGCCCCACCCACUUCAUGGUUGGUGUACAAAUGCGCUUCCGUCAGGCGGUCCUGGACAGCCCCAUGGAAGAGGUCCUACUGGUGAAUCUCUGUGAAGGAACCUUCUUAAUGUCAGUUGGUGAUGAAAAAGACAUCCUACCACCGAAGCUUCAGGAUGACAUCUUAGACUCUCUUGAUCAGGGGAUCAAUGAGUUAACGACUGCAGAACAAAUCAACGAGCAUGUUUCAGGCCCUUUUGUGCAGUUCUUUGUGAAGACUGUGGGCCACUAUGCUUCCUUUAUCAAGCGGGAGGCAAAUGGACAAGGCCAUUUCCAAGAACGACCUUUUUGUAAGGCUCUGACCUCCAAGACCAACCGCCAGUUUGUGAAGAAGUUUGUGAAGACACGGCUGUUCUCCCUCUUCAUCCAAGAAGCCGAGAAGAGCAAGAAUCCUCCUGCAGGCUAUUUCCAACAGAAAAUACUUGAAUGCUAGGAACAGAAGAAACAGAAGAAACCAAGGGAAAAAAGACUGUGAAAUAAGAGUGUGGUGAACAGGAGUGACUAGACCUACACCCAGUCCUGGACUUUGGCCCCUGCCAGUGUGGCAGGAUCCACAAAGGUCUUAGCCCUGAAAACCCACAGCCUCUCAAGUCCUGGUAUCCAGGGCUUGUUUCAGACUAGUGUCUGAGUUUGGGAACUCUGUUGCCAGCAUUCUCAGAACUUUGGAGGGUUUUGCCCUCAUGCUCAUAGAACUGGACUCAAAGCUGCAUUC